ACGUCAUCAAGGUCCUUGUACAGGAUAGGAACUACCUCUACUCUCCGGGAGGCCGUGUCUACAGAGGUGUCCGUGAAGGAGCCGUCCGGGCCACUCCUUGUUGUGGAGUGUGACGGGCCCGCUACCGAUGACAUGAUACAUGGGGACGGACCUGCAGACAUGUCUGCUGAGGAGCCUGACGUCCAGGAUGCCGACCAAGACACGUUUUCUGGAUCCUUUGACAGACAGGAGUCUGUGGCUACAACCGAAGCGAGGCUUAGGAUGGAAGGCGUAGAGCUCAAAGAGGAAUGGCAGGAUGAAGAUUUCCCAAGACCACUUCCAGAAGAUGACCAUAUUGAAGGAGAUUUCUUAUCAGGAACAGAUGGCAGGCCAGUACCUAGUCCAGUUGAAAUAAAUGGCAGUAAAAAAGCCAAGAAGAAACUCGUGGCUCCCAACCUUAGCUUAACACUGGAUCGCAGUGACGGCUCCAUCUUAUCUGAAGACUUGGAUGAGAGCGGAGACUUGGAUUUAGAUGAUCUAGAUACAACCUCCGAGAACAGCAAUGAGUUUGAAUGGGAAGACGACCUUCCAAAACCAAAAUCCACUGAAGUGCUCCCCAAAGGGUCAAUCCCAGAGUACACUGCUGCUGAGGAGAAGGAGGAGAGCAGACGCUGGCGUAUGUUCAGGAUUGGAGAGCAGGAUCAUAGAGUGGACAUGUCUGCCAUAGAACCCUACAAGAAAGUGAUCAGCCAUGGAGGUUACUAUGGAGAUGGCCUGAAUGCCAUUAUUGUAUUUGCUGUAUGUUUUAUGCCAGACAGCAGCCAACCCAACUACAGAUACCUAAUGGACAAUCUCUUCAAGUACGUCAUUGGCACUUUGGAAAUGCUGGUUGCAGAGAACUACAUGAUAGUUUAUUUAAAUGGAGCCACCACCAGGAGAAAAAUGCCAAGUCUCGGCUGGCUCCGGAAAUGCUAUCAACAAAUUGAUAGACGGCUACGAAAAAAUCUGAAGGCUCUCAUUAUAGUCCAUCCUUCCUGGUUUAUCAGAACAUUGCUAGCUAUUACGAAGCCCUUCAUUAGCUCAAAAUUCAGUCAGAAGAUUAAGUACGUCUUUAGCCUGGUAGAAUUAGCAGAGCUUAUUCCUAUGGAGUAUGUCGUUAUCCCGGAGUGCAUAAAAGAGUAUGACGACGAAAAAAGUAAAAAGAAACACAAAAGCGUUGAUAAAGACCUCAACAAGAAGUCUGAAGACCAAACCAACGAGCAAUAAGAUUGUAUACGAGAUCCGAUAAAACUGAAGAACGUCCAUCAAGAUGGGGGACAUGUGUCCAUUUCUUCUGGUUGCAGUAAAAGUUCUCCAAGUUUUCCUGCUCUGAAAUGUGCCUUUUCAGAUGUGACUGGGUUUUCAUUGGAAGGGAAUCCUACUCCUUAUGUCCAUAUUGUUACAAAUAUACAGAGGCACUGGUCAAGUUGCAAUAGACUGUUAACCCGUUGCUGGUGCCCUACUUUUGAAUAGUUAUUGUAUGUGAUAGUGACAGUGAAAGUGCCCACGCCACAUGGUUCUAUCACAGAAGAAGCCACCUUUCCUCGGUGGGAAUGGCGCAAACUCUUGAUCACCAUGGUGUAGGAGUUGGUUUUUCAGCUACUUUGUAAGUGUUAAGACAUCGCUGUUGGUAAUGAGCUUGUUUGAGUUGUUUAGCUGCACUUUUGCAAUAAUGGUUUUUUAUGUCCUAUA